CUGAAAUUAUUUCAGUACUUCGGUGACGGGAUUUAGAUCGGUGGUAGCUAGUAGGAAAUGUAUGGUUUUGUCUAUACUGAUGCUCGGUAACAAAAAUACAUUAUAUCCUUAUAAAUUUUCGCCUAUUACAUUUUUACAACUCUACCCACUUGUAUCGAUGUUUACUGCGUGCAUAGAAAAUUAUUCCCAUCCAAUACGGGACCGGAAAAAUUUAAUCCUAUCGCUUAGCUUUUAAAUGUAAAAAUUUUCCUUUUAUUAAUUAAAGAAUUCCACUGGUUUUUUAAGAAUGAAUCAUACAGAAGGCAUGCAAUUAGAGUGAUUUACAUUUUUGUCAGCUGUAAUUUUUACACAUUAAUUAAUAUAUUAAUUCAAAGUUAUCAAAGUGACCAUGACUAUGGAGCACAAGUGCUAUUGCCGCGGGGAUGAGGCCAGCAGUCUCGACCUCAGUCGCCCCGAACAUCUCUUGCCCAUGAUGAGACCGUUUUCUAUGAGGGUCAGUAACCUGGAGGCGAUUGUAACUAACAUGUUCAACUGCGGAGUCCUAACUGACCUGUUGUAUAAUGGGGACGGAGCCCUACUGGUGAGAAUUUGGCGCUCCACCGAAACUAUGACCACCUCCGUACAAGUUAUGAGAAAUAAUUAUAUAUUAGGCACCGGAUCUAGGUUGGUGUGCACUCGUAUGAUAAUGAUUGGGUCGUUAUAGAAAGUCGAUUAGGAAAUUAACCGGCCUCGGACAUUUGAGAGGUUCUGUUUUAGAGAGUAUUCAAGGUUCGCUUUAGAUGUAUCGUAGCUCGCAUGUAGUAAUGUAUGUAGCGUUGAGCUUGGAAAGUAUUUGAGAGAACUACUAAUAUAUUAACAGCCUGUGUCUUAAGAUGGAGUGACAAUCCUUACUGGGGACAUUCACUGAAACCCUGCGAAAAGAAAAUAUAUUUGGCAGACGUUUUUAUGAUACACUUGAACAACAUUCUAAAAUCAUUUCUGCCCUUCAGAAAAAAAAUAAAGUUCGUUCCCUACUUAUGAUGAUUAUUUGUAUGAAACGGGAAUCUAAUUAAAUCGU